AUACCGUCGGUUGUCGACUUGGCAGGUUGGACAACCGGCAACGGCGACAGAAAUGGGCGGCAGCACCACGAGGGACGGCAAGCGAGUGAAUGAAUGGGAGCGAGAGACAGAGGGAGGGGAUAUUGAAAGGGAAGAAAGAGAGGAAAACAAGAGACAGGCGGCCCAGCUGUGGAGAAGGGAAGGACGAGCAGUAGAAAAUACGGGCCAGCAGAUCGCUUCUGGGGAGCUGGAAUCGGCUCCGGAAGCGCUUGCAUCUGUACAUGCUCACUCGUCACAGCCGGCCUGCGACCGAGAAGGCGGAAUUGACGCUCGCCUGACGUACGUGUGCUCGUCUGUUGUGCGAGCAUCGGGCAAACAACAAGCUCUACUACUGAACGUGGGCAAGGAGCACGCACUCGCAGUAGCUCCGGAGUACCCGGCCAUGGAGGACUGCUUGCGUCGAUACCUGGGAGCUACCUUCAGCUGGGAGGAGGCCAUGAGCGACUCUGCCAAAAACCUGGAGCUGGAAGUCUGGAGAGCUGGAACUGGAGCUGGACUGGAGCCGGGAAUGGAGCUGCUGGAGCGCCACGCAAAACCUUGCCUUGGUAGCACCACUUUUGCUGCAUCGAACUAUCACAGAGCGUCCUGGUCUGGUCCUAGCUCGCAGUAGCCGCUCGGGUGCUGGGCCAGAACGGGAACCUGGCAGGGUCCAAAUACGAGGAGCGAGGCUGCAAGCGGGCCACCGAAUCUUUGAAAGCAGCAAUGACAUCGCGCCCCGCCAGCGAUCAGGAUCG